UUAGUAUCUUCUAAACGUUGUGUUAUACAAGGAUUCAUAAAUAUCAAUCCUAUUUAAUUUAAUUUCUUCAUUCCUUUUUCCAAAAAUCUGCAACAGUAAUACUUCCUUCCAUGAAUACUCUCUGUAGCAGGCCAAAUCUUGAUCUUAAUGGUAAACUUUGUCCCAUUUCAUUAGCUUAUACUCAGAAACCAACUUCCAUUUUGUGCUAUAAGUACAGGUUUUGUUGUUCAAAAUGUUGUGAUAGUAAUAGUAAGUAUAAAGUGUCGUUGGUAAAAGGUCAAGCGUUAGCUUCUAAGGAAAAAGGCAAUCUACAAGUACAUGGAAAUGAAGAAGAAAAAGUUGAAGUUAAGAAUAAUGAUAAGAAAUUGGUUAGGUCCAUUGCUAAAGCCCUAAUUGGGAUGGCUGCUGCGGUUUCUUUGUGUUUGGAUUCUCCCGCUUUGGCCGAGUCUAUGACUAUUGCAUUCCCUGCUUCUCGGACUCAUGAGGUGAAUGCUGUUCAGCGAACGCUUGUGGAGACUUGGGGUUUGAUUAGAGAGACUUUUGUAGAUCCAACUUUUAACCAUCAGGACUGGGACUCAAAGUUCCAGCAAACAAUGGUGGAAAUGCUUCCUCUUAGAACUGCAGAUGCAGCAUAUAGCAAGAUCAGAGGAAUGCUUUCUACUCUUGGAGACCCCUUCACUCGUAUUAUAAGUCCAAAGGAAUAUCAAAGUUUUAGAAUUGGAAGUGACGGAAAUGUGCAAGGAGUUGGUCUCUUUGUCAAUACUGAACCAAAAACUGGUCAUCUGAUUGUACUAUCAUGUGUUGAAGGUAGUCCGGCUGCUCGAGCUGGAAUCCAUGUAGGAGAUGAGUUAAUUGAAAUAAACGGAGAAAGGCUUAACGGGAUUAGUGGUGAGGCAGCUGCACAGAAGCUCAGAGGUCAUGUCGGCACCAGUGUUACAGUCAAAGUGCACAAUGGAAAAAAGUUGGCCAUUGACUCUAGUUUCAGAGAGGUUAGAUUACCUCGUGAAUUCAUUAGGCUUUCCCCAAUAUCGAGUGCCAUCAUUCCUCAUAGAACUCCAGACGGUCAUGUGUCCAAGACUGGAUAUGUGAAGUUGUUAGCCUUCUCUCAGACUGCUGCUGCUGAUAUGAAACACGCGAUUCAUGAAUUAGAAAAUCAGGGUGUUGAAUCAUACAUCUUGGAUCUUAGAAACAAUCCGGGUGGUUUGGUCAAAGCUGGACUUGAUGUUGCCCAAAUAUGGCUAGACGGAGACGAGACUCUUGUAAACACGAUAGAUAGAGAUGGGAACAUGCUGCCUAUUAACAUGACCAAUGGGCAUGCUCUAACACGUGAUCCACUAGUCGUGCUUGUAAAUGAAGGGAGCGCAAGUGCAAGCGAAAUUUUGGCAGGUGCACUCCACGACAACGGGAGGGCAAAGCUUAUUGGCAACAGAACCUUUGGGAAAGGAAAAAUUCAGAGUGUGACUGAACUACAUGAUGGAUCGGCUCUUUUUAUCACGGUAGCAAAGUACUUAUCACCAGCACGUCAUGCCAUAGAUCAAGUUGGUAUAGCACCCGAUGUUCAGUGUACAACGGAAAUGCUGAACUCGUCUAAAGACUCGGGGCUCAUGAGGAAGAAAAAUGCAUCUUCCUCAUCUUUGGAAGGGGACUCUUGUAUUUUGGUAGCAGAACAUGAGUUAGAUACCCAAGAAUCCAAAGGCACUGCAUCCUAGAAUGCUGACUUUGACCAUUUCUCAUGGUCAAUUUAAGGUGUAGAAUCUUAUUGAAUUACUGUAAAUAUCUUUGUGUAUAUCUAUAGUUGUUGUAAGUAGAAUAUAUUGAUGGAUCAUAGAUAUGAAAUUGAAAACCUUCAGUUUUCUA